AUGAGAGGUUUGAUAUUUUACAUGUUGCUUCUGGUUGCGACUGAAGGACUUCCUAUAGGCAGACCGCCAUUAUUGGAAGAUUAUCCCGAUUACCAGUUAGGCGUGAGAUAUGAUGAAUAUCCACUGAUUGUCCCGAAGAAACGAACAGCUAUAUUGAUGAAUAGACUAAUGGUUGCUUUGAAAGAGGCAUUGGAAAAUGAAGGACGAAAGGAUACAUUGAGAAAUGGUAACAAUUUAGAUGAAUUUUUCUCAAAAACUAGCAUGAAUUAUCCAAUGGGUGAAGAGGACAUUCGAUCGAUGGACCGUCGGGGACAUGGUAAUAUGAGUACCCAAAAAGCAAGAAGUUAUUGGAGAUGUUAUUUUAACGCGGUUACAUGUUUCUAAUAUUUCAGUACUACAAAAAUCUUUGGCUAUUUUUAUUGGCUUGUCAUUUAUCAUUGUGGUUAUAUCUUGAAAUAAUAAAUGAAAUGGAACUUUUUGGUACAAAAGUAAAUUGUUUGGAAAUUUUUUUAUAGCAACUAAAUACUGAACCUUCCACUAGAAAAUUAGGACUAUUUGGACUGAAUAACAGAAUUUCAUUUACUUGAAAUAGGUAUAGCUGUACCUUACCUUACCUAUCAUCUUGUUCAGUUGUUAUUAUGCUGUGAAAUUAAAAAAAAAAUAUAUAAUAAUAAUAAAGCAAAAGUAGUAGAAUGAGAUCGAUUUUACAAUUUUUUGUAUGGCAUAUACUGUUACUCUAAAUCACGUUUUGGGAUGAGAAUAGAGUAUUGCCUGGUUCUCAAUGUUCUCCACAAAACGAAUCACAGACGUUUAAAUCCGAUGAACGAGGUGGACGAGCUCUGGUGCGCUUUGAAGAUGAUAGAGAUGUAGAAGUUACACUUCAAUGACCGUGUGUAUUACGUCUUUGGAAACUGCAAAUACUUUCAGGUUGUUGUUUUAUGAUUUCUAAAAAGUUCUCGUCUAUUGAAUGGAUAAACUGAAUAAGAAAAUGCAACUCAAUACAUUUGAUUAACUCCACUAAUAUUACUGAUAUGACGUUUAAACAUACAUAGUUCACUUUACUAGGUUAUUUUUCUGGAAAAUACGUGAAAUCUGCCCCAGAUAGUGACUUAGAGUAAAAGACAACUGCGAUGCCAAAGAAGGUUACAUGGCCGACAACAUAAAUAACAAAUUAGAACAAAAAUGGAAGUUGUGCAAAUAACUGUAUCAUAUAAAAGGUACAAAAUAAUGUAACUACCACAGAAAGUAGUACUUACGUCUAAAUGAAAUCUACCUGUUAUUUUAAAUAACUUUAGUAUUAUUAAUAUCAAUUAGAAUUAUUAUAGUGGCAAAAAUUAAUGGUAUAUUGUGUUUAUUUUAUAACUUUCACAAUAAUCGCUACGUUGCAUAAAAAUACUUCUAUCAAUUUUUUUCCUUCUAAAAUUCUGCGUAAUUUGAGGAAUGCAUGUCAUAUCCUCUAGACUGAAUUGGUUAUAAAAACUCUAAGAUUGAAACCAAAAAGCUCCAGCUUAAGUAAAACGCCAAACUGUGUUAGUUCCUCGA